AUGCUCUUGGUCGACACAACAAACAUCACCAAUAUUUCCAACAUCAACAAAACAUUGGGAUUCCCAGAAGCAGGCUACUGGUUCCUGGUUACCUACCAUUCUCUAGUUCUACUACUUACAGUUAUUGGUAACCUGACGGUGUUUGCCAGUUCGCGCCUGUAUAACGAAGUAAACGUGGACAGUAUCUCCAUAGUGUUUGUUGAGAUGUUGGCUAUCUUGGACCUUAUCAUUGCUUUUAGCUACAGUUUACCUGUUGCUAUCACCCUUGCCGCUAACAAAUUCAUCUUAGGUGCAGCAGUGUGCUUCAUUCAAGGAAAUGUCAGCUACAUAACCAUCUUUAUCCAGUUGAUAACUAUCCAGACUAUCUCUCUCUACAAACUGUUCACCUUACUCCGACCUCUCUCCUCGUAUUCUCUAACUUCUAAACAAGCCAAACUGUUUGUAGCAGGAGUGACGGCGUUUUCUACAUUUUACAUGUUCUGCUGCCUGGUGAUGGGACAGUUUUACUACUUUGAUCCUUAUCUUCUUUCUUGCCAGAUAUCAGGUCAAACGGAUCCCAGAAAGUCCAUGGUUAUCUCUGCUUUAGUAGCGCUCGUUCUCUUCGUCCUUCUCCCCAUCACAACUAUACUACUCUCCAACGCUUACAUCUUGAGAAUAGUUUAUCGGAGCAGCAAAAAGAAGAGCAAGAUGCCGAGUAAAGCCGCGCUGACAACUCUGACUUCCAUCUCCCUCUCUUUCCUGAUCUUCACUACCCCCACCUUCGCUAGAGUCCUUCUUCAGACCCUUUUCAAAGGUACGAUUCCCUCGUGGUAUUUUGUGACCCAGCUAGAGCUGUUAUUCCUUAACUCUGCUACUAAUCCCAUCAUCUACACCUUUACCAAUACUAGGUUCAGACGGUUUCUCAAUACACAACUACAAAAGGUGGUAGGAAGAAGUGAUCAGACUCUCUGUAUAAAUUAUAAUGGCAGCUCAAACCCCAUUCCCGUUGAUAUAGCGAUACGAGGUGUUGCCAAGACGUCACCUAGUACCACCAUGACGGGUUGUCAGCACUACCUGCGGCCUGCCUAA